UUCUUUUCCUCCUUCCCCCUCCUCUCUCUCUCUCUCUCUCUGUUCAAACACCCGAUUAUUCAUUGAUUCUGUUUUCUCCCGGAUCUCCUCUUCUGGUUUUUGCACCGAACCAUGGCGCCUCAGUCAGCCAAGGCGUCCUCGAUGUCUGUCCAGUGGAAGUUCCUGACCAGUUUCCUGGGAGUUUUGAGGAUGUCUCAGAUCACCCUGGGCACCGUGGUCUGGAUGAUCAUCACCAUCAGCAGGUACGAGGGCGCUUUGCACUACGUGGUCUUUGUGGCUGUCUUUUUUUGGCUGACCACACUGGCACUGUUCUUCCUCACCCUGCUGUCUAAGAGUGACCUGGUGCCCCUGCUAGGGGGUGAACGCUGGACCUUGAGCAAUGCCCUGCAUGACUGGCUGGCAGCAAUCCUCUACCUGGUGGCCGACUGCCUGAUCAGUAAGAAGACCCAGGACAAGAAGUUCUGCGACCUGCCUACCUACACCCUCCCCUGCUCCUACAAGUCCUACCUAAGCGCCACCAUCUUUGCCUGCCUCUGCACUUUGCUCUACAUCAUCUCUGCCAUCUACUGUACCUACAAGAAGUGCCGUGGCGACCAGCCUGUCAUCUAAGAAGGGAGAUGCUUUCUGCUGAGAUUGCAUUCAUUUAUUCGGGUUCUGUAAUUUCUUGUUAAAAUUUGGGACAACCCUCCCACUUCCAAAACAAAAUCAAUGAUGUGGCCAGUUUUGUGUUUCUCAUUUCCCCCUGUUGUCUAAAUGAGACAGACACUCUCUCCAGAGAUUGCAUUUACUUAUUCGGAUUCUCUGUUUUAUUUUGAUAAGUUGGGAUAACCCUCCCACCUCCAAAACAAGAUCAAUGAUGUGGCCAGUUUUAUGUUUCUCGUUCCCUUUCCCCUCUGCCAAACAAAAACAGAACAUUGGACACUUAUAGGAUUACGGACUGGGAAAUUGCACCAAGUGAUGUGAAAAAAUUCAGAGAGGAAGUUGGAUUGGUACAGUCAUUAUUGCAUGCAUUGGAAUUUACUUUUUAUCCUGAACUGAAGAAGUUGAGCACGGAUCAUUUCCACACAGAUCUUCAUGAGAUAGGCAACACUGCUCCUGUGUAUGAGAGAGAGCGACAGAGACUGAGAGGCAGUUGUGAUUUGUUGGCCUGUGAAUUCACUUAUAACUUUCUCCUCCACUUUCUGCGGCCCCAGAUCAGCUACAACAUUCCACAAGGAUUUUAGGAGCUGAAUAGAUUUCCUCUCGGCAAUCCGAACUAAACGUCUGUGAGCACUGGUUGCUGGAAAAGGAGAAGGAAGAGACAGUCUGACUGGUUACCUUUCAGGAUGGCUUGUUGUAACCUGAAAUAUCUCUCUAACGACAUCAUAUCCCAACAAAUACUUUAUUUUGUGGCAUUAAGUACUUAACAUAGCUGUCAUUCUGGGCAGGAUGACAGAAUUUUGUUUAUUGUUAUUACAAUAUUCAACCUAUAUGCCAGGUGGGGGCUGUUCCCAAGUCUUCUGUCUUUUCUCUUAAUAGCCAGUCUUCAGUGGGUUAGUCAGCCCUGUUUGCUUGUCUCUGGAACACCGUGCUGUAAAACAGCUGCUGUCUGAGCAGCACAAGCUUAGACAUGUUAAUGUAGUUUGAGAUUUUACUAAGUAUUAUGCACAUUUUAAAAAUGUAUAUUUAUACACUCAAUGCUUUACUUGCAAUGGUGAAGGUUUUGGAUAUAUUAGGGCACAGAGGUUACAAAGCGGACAGGAUUUCAGCCAAAGAACAUGAAGGAAUUUGGGAAUAAGUGACUGACUUGUGAGGCAGGCAGGAUAAUGGGCUCAGGAGUCAAUAAGACGCUUCUGGGGAGAGAAGAGAAUGAGUAGGUGCAUGGGUUUGGAGCUUAUUGUCAGAACAUCAGUCUUUUGGAACUGUCUGAGAAGGUGGGUGGUUGGGAUCAGAAAAUGGAGAAAUUGGGGCAGCACUGUGGCUCGGUGGUUAGCCCUGCUGCCUCUCAGCGCCAGGGAUCGGGUUACAUUCCCUCCAUCAGGGGAUUGUCUGUGUGGAGUUUGCAUAUUCUCCUUGUAUCUGUGUGAGUUUCCUGCAAGUGCUCCAGUUUCUUCCCACAGCCCAAAUAUGUGCAGGUUAGGGCAGAUUUGCCAUGGUAAAUUGCCCAUAGUGUCACCAGGGGUGUGCAGGCCAGAUGGAUUAACCAUAGGAAAUGCAGAGUUGUAGGGAUUGUGUAGGGGGAAUGGGUCUGGCUGGGAUGCUCUUCAGAGGAUCAGUAUGGACUCGAUGGACCAAAUGGCCUGCUUCCCACACUGUAAGGUAUCUGUGAUUGUAGGUGGGUCAGUGAGGUUGGGAGAUGGGGAGAAGGUGAGAAACACUAAGUUUCUUCCCACAGAUCCUCAGCAAAAAAAAAGCUGUAACUCCAUGCUUCUCUCUCAGCAGACACCAACUCAGCACUUUGUAAUGACUGCCAAUUGGCUGUGAAUGAACUGCCUUCCCUGUGGGGAUAAGACUGUUCGAAGAAAACAUUUAUAAUGUUAGUAAGGAAAGGCCUAUGCACCUGCGAGCUGCAGCUCGUGGCAAUUUUGUAUGAAUUAUUUUGUAUGAAGUAUGCCCAGGAGUGGAAUCUAAUCAAGGGGUUUGGUGGUUUAUAUAUUGAAUAGCAGAUAUCUGGGGCAUAAGUUACAGGCUUGAAUCUAACUAAGGAUUUUGUGUUUUCAAACUCUAUUCGUGAAAAGCCAAGAUUUAUUUUUAAUUGAUAACUUGUGAUUAUAAACACCGUUAAGAUUAGCUACUGCCACUAGCAUUUGAUUUGUAAGGACGAAUUCCGUUUAAAAAUUGUUCUUUUGUGAAAUUCUAGUCACUUUCUGCUCCCAAGUAUUGGAUGUGGUCCUAUUGCAUGUGGCUAUUAUAGCUGUGGACCUUUUUUUUUUAGCACAUUGGUAUCAAUAGGAAAAACCACACUUAAAUCCAGUUGCUCUGAUUCUAUGCAUCCUUCUUGUUUGAUUUUCCUGACCCAUUACAUAUAUUACUAUCCUUCCCCAGUCACCUGUAGCCACCAUCACCUUCAUGUAGCUUUAUAUCUGGUUUGAAAAGAGAUUAUUAUUUCCCUUUUUGGCCAUUUUUCUCAAUUUAAGUGCAUGGUUAUCAGGUUCUGGGAUCCUUGUACUCAAAUUUAAUUGCUGGUAUCUACCUCCCUCUUUCUGACAUUUCUAAUUCUUGCAAAAAUCAUCUUCCAAAAAAUUCCAUAGAUUCUAGUAAUAUUCCUUCAGAUUGGAGGUAGCAAAUGUCACCCCAUUAUUUAAGAAAGAAGCGAGGUAAGCCAGGAAUUACAGACCUAUCAGCCUCAUAUCGUUGUUGGGAAAUUUGCUAAAGUCUAUCAUAAAGGCCAUGAUAAAUGGAUAGGAAUGAUCUGAUUGGCACAGUCAGCACAGAUUUGUGAAUGGUAAAUCAUGUUUGACAAAUUUUGGAGUUUUUGAGGAUGUUGCUCGUAAACAUGAUAAGGGGGAGUUGAUGGACGUGGCAUAUUUAUGUUUUAGAAGGUUUUUGAGACGGUCCCCAGUGGGAGAUUGAUUAGAAAGCUUAAAGCUGAAAAUGUGUUGCUGGAAAAGCGCAGCAGGUCAGGCAGCAU